GCGAAAAUCUUCGCAACUCUGCUCUCCGGAUCCGAUCCGCCUGGUUGUAUCUCUCUCGUCCACGUUCACACAUCCCAGUGGAGAAAACGCAGGAUGGCAUCGAGACAGGGCGAUGGAACUCUUCAUUUAGAGACUUCAGCGUUGCACCUAGAGCUGAGCGCAGCUCUCAAGGCGAGAGGAUGUGAGCCGGAAGAAGACGGACGAGAUGAAAAAACGAGCCAUUCAUACGGCAGCAAGCUACGACGAAUUCAGGCACAUGGUCUCGUGCGCUCAGCUAAACCCUGUCACGGUGUGCGCAAAGAGAUGGAAAUGCUCUCGGACCCCAAAAGGGGUUGGCAAGGGCGAGUUGGUGGUGUCGCCCCCACCACGAACGUUUCAGGGAGGAUUGGCCGACAGAAAGCGCCCAGAAGAACACAACGCUCUGUCGACACUGCACUCAGGGGCGGGGCGAAGGCAGGCCCUUUGCGCGCCCCGAAAGACCAUGCGCAGUUCCAGCGGGAUUGGCGAAGGCGGUGCCGCACCAACGGCGAACGGCGCGACUACCUUCGCCUAGUUGGCCCCAAGAACGCAUCAGCAUUGUUUCGCGUUGAGAUGGAACCGGACGUUCUGGGACAAGUGAUAUCGGUGGUAUGUGAAGAGUUCCCAUUUCAGCCGCAACGGAUUGACGCUGCCACGCCGGCAACGCAAGAGAACGAGGAACGGUCUGGUGCUCCAACAAGAGGAGACGCGGCUGGCAGUACUGCCAUAACUGCAAACGGGAAUGCCUCCGCAGAUGAAGCUGGUGCAAGGUUGUGCUUGGAGUGGCUUCGGGCACUAUCUAGGACGGGCCGGUUUGCGGUGAACAUCCUGUUCUUGGCGGACAAUGAAAAACAAGCGUUGGCGCGAGCGUUCGAUCUGACAACUGCCGUUUUUGGUGAUGAGGAAAUUAGCAGCCUGCGGAAGGCUUACGCAGUGUAG